AUGGUUUUCGAAGAGGAGAGAGAGAAAAAGCUAUUGCGCAAAGAGCGGACCCGGCUUCGAACACUUUCUGGAGCUAUCUUGUCCCAGCAUUUUCUUGAUCUUUCUGAUGAUGAUGUGGAAGGUCUUUGCAUUUCACUUGAUAUUGAACAAUUAAGGAAUUUAUGUGACAAGAUGGAAAGAAAGGAAGUGCUAGGGAGAGCUGAACUUCUAAGGGAGGCACUUGGAUCUGAUAACAAAGCGAAGCAUAUGAAGCAUAAUGAGAAGAAGAACGAACAGCAGAAUGGUUCUAUGGGGGUGAAUGAUCAAGUCAUUUUUGGCAGCAAUGAGCAAAGGGAGAAUCCCUAG